UUGCAGGCAGCGGAGCAGCAGCAACCCGUCCGCUCGCUGGAAGCCGCCAACAUCCGUGUCUCUUCAACUCCACGAUGCUGCAUCAAAUCGCGGCGCUGGCGGGUUCAUCCGCCGUUGGUCUCGGUGCCUACGGAGCCCACGGUCUCGCGGGCAAAUCGGACAAGAUAAAGGCUGACUGGAAGACCGCAACCCAGUACCAGAUGUUCCACGCCUUGGCGCUUGCCACCCUGCCCAUCUACCAGAAGACUCCCGCCAGGACCGCCGCUGGGCUGUUCUUCACCACGGGCAUCACCCUCUUCUCGGGCUCCAUCUACUAUGCCUGCUUGAAAGAGGACAAGAAGGCCAGUAAGGUGGCACCCGCCGGGGGUAUCUGCAUGAUACUAGGUUGGGCGACGAUGGCCAUCCUCAAGCGGUGACACCACGAUGACACCAGCAGCAAGAAACUUCUUCUGCGGUCGUCUCGGACACACCCUUGGCGCUUUGGUGAACCUUUCUGACAUACUCCGAAAGGAGCGCUUGUGGAAACAGAGAGCAGUCAGUUUUGGUUGAGUCCCGACUGGACCUACCUGUAGAGAGACGGGAUUCAGUCCAUCUAACCCUUGUUGUCUUGACUCUAUUAAUAGGCUAAAGCCUUGCUGCGCGGGGGGAAAUUUUGCUGCGCUUUCUCAGACGGGGGGGGGG